ACUAGACUUGCGUAGGUUAGACGUAGAGCUAUGUGGAGUCAAUAACAAUAUGCAUAAAAGAUAACAAGAAUUAUGUGGUUGGUCCAGGGUUCCUUCCGGAAUCUUCACCCGGCUGCUCUUGCCUUGCAUGAUAGGUGGUGGGAUCUCCAUCACGGGAAUAGACGAAGAGAGAAGGAACGAACGAACAGAAGAACUCGGCACGACAUGGUGAACAAGAAGCCCUUCGGCGUCUUCGCUUGCCUCGUCAGGAGCAUGACGGUCGCCGUAGCAUCACCAUGGGACGUGAACUACCUGAAUCAAAGCACGUCUAUGUAUCUUUAUGACACCAGAAGCAGAAGAAGAUUGGGAUGUAUUAGAGUAAACAUUUGAUGAAUAAAAGUGGAUUUUUAUCUUGUAUCUUCUGGUUGCUAAGAAAAUCUUUAUGAAGAAAUGCUAUGGAUGAAUCAUGAAGAAGUACUAUGGGUGGCCACCUAGUUCUCACGCUCCCUGUGAUAGAUUGUUUGAUCCUCCUGAUAUUUACAACUUUCAUCUUCUCUAACUUCUUCCCGAAGCUCCUGGCUUCACCAUCAACGGCAGCAGCUCAGCAUUCCCUUCUACGAGUCUCUAUGCGAAUCCACUGGGGCCAUAUCCUUCUAGCUACGACCACGUAGACGACCAUUUACAAGGAGGAGACCACUUUCGAGAGCUGCGUCAUUCUAGAAAUGCGUCUUCAUCUUUGAACUUUGUGGCUCCUACUCAGGCGAGUGGAGGGGUCCUCGUCAGGCACCAAGAACCUCCUGGACGAACGACCUCGAAGGGAGCAACAACGUCUUCACCAGAACAGAGUCUAAGUCACCGUCCAGCUCAGAAAACAAGUUUAAGAUGGCAACAACACGAAGCCCUUUUAGUACAAGAAGCUGCAGCGAGGAGAGUGCAGGAGCAGGGGACUCGUCAAGGUGCGCCAAGUACUAGAACGAGGGAACACAUGACGCUGAAUACGACUACGAUUCCGAGUCAAUCAAGAAUGAAAUACAACAUCGGAGGAGGUGUGAGUAGAAAGAAAAGGCACGCAGCAGGAGGCGUGGCUACGGCAGAUAACCAAAGGAUGAGUGCUGGGCUUGGCAGUUUGGGCAACGUUAUGAUGAAAGGUCAAGGAAUAUUCUCGUUCUCGUGGUCUUUUUCUCCUUCCUGCUCCUAGGGAGCAUACCUCUUCUCUUAGAUCUCUUUUUUGAAUCUUCUCAUAUUAAAUAUUUACUACUACUUCUUCAUCAAAAAUUUCAAUAUCGAAGGUGGACUCAAGAAUCUGGUGAUUUGAUGGUGGUGCACCUCUUUAAAAGUCUGAAUUUCGAGCAAGAGCAACGGGUUGUACGGGAUCGACAAGUAGACACAGCAGGUGAAGAUGGAGUUGUGCCUCACGCUCACCCCAACGUUGUUGAUGAGGAUGAGCAACCCCAAAAGGGCCAUCUCUCUGCUCCCGAAGAAGCCGUCCAUCGUCGCCGCAAGAGAGCUCCAACAAGCAAGAAGAAGUUGACUGUCCGUGCUUUUCUAGCAGAAGCAGCCUCGGAGGAGAGAAAAAGCCGACAAGAGGAAGGGGAAGAGCGAUUUGCCCAGGUGACGAAGGUAUAACUAGACUAUUUAUCAGAGUAGUUUAUAGCACGCAUGGUGCAUGGAGUAGCAUGGAGUGCAUGGAGCGCAGAGCUUUAAGGGGCGCAAGAAGCUCCCCCUUUAGCUCCAUGCUACUCCAUGUGAUCCAUGCACUCCAGUCCAUGCCAUGCGAGCUGUGAAACCUUAUACAUUGCUCUGUUAUAACACUACACGGAUGACGAAGCUUGUGUAGUUUGAUUGAUUGGCAUCUCCAGUACUAGCACUCCUAGGCUACCGAUAACUUUGUGGUUUGUGACUGAGAAUUAGAGUAUUAGAACAGGAGCUCAGGGACCGUCGUCGUCCAUAGAGGGACAAGUCGAGUUGCUUUUAGAUGCCAGUGGUAGUGCUAGAGGUAGUGCAGUUCUAAAUGCAAUGUCAGUAGAAAACGCACCAGGACAAGAACAACUGUUGACAGAAGCAUUUUUGACAUCUUCAUCACAGGGACAGGGAGGCCAGGAGGUCGAUGCCCCUCUCCCCGAUGAAGUGCAAGAAGGAACAGCUAGUGACGAAGCAAAUGCUGCAACUGAAGAGACACAGGACGUCGCUCAAGAAGAUUUCUACGCUAGAAGAAAUAGCACGAAGCUACCAGUAGAAGGGCUGGAUGUGGAUAGUGAAGAGGACGCAAAAGCAAAACCAAGAGACGAAGGGAGAACAGUCGUCGUAGACCGGGAACUAGAAUAUGAGGUCAGAGAAAUUGUAUGAUGCCACGCAUUGAGAGUCCAAGUUAUAGGGGAAUGUCGUUCCUAUUCCUAAGUCUAAGGAGGCAAGAAAGGGGGUGGAGCGACAUUCGCCUACCGACAUUUUCAAUGAGUGGAAGCAUUCAGAAGGGGGGCUGGCUCUUCGAGAUAAAGUCCCGAAGUCAUCGUCGCGUCAGCAAAUGCUUUAUUUGUUGCGUUUUUUGUAUCAGAAUGCCAAGGAUGGAGUGCCGAGGUAUAGGGAAAUGUUAAGGCUUGUCGGGCUCAUCAAGUGAACAAGGAAGUGUACUUAGCUCAGACGACGACUUGCAAUGCCACUUGGCGCCAUCCGCUUCUACCUCCUCAUGAUCCUCCUUCUCCUCAUCCUCCUGCUCAUCCCCAUCCCCUCCUCCUCCUCCUCCUCCUCCUCUAACAAUCGCCCUCCGAUACGCCGAGCUAACAUCCCGCGCUCACAUUCCUUAUCAAGAAGAUUACCACGUAGUGGGCGAAAUCGAAAGCGGAAUGAGUGGUGCGGUAAUCAAAGUUCGCGCGAAAAACAAGGAUACGCCACCAUUUUGGGAGCGCACUAAAGUUGGUAGGCGUGAGGGCCGCAGCUCUUCGAAAUAUUAUACAACUGUGAUGGGCCGUGGUGUUGGGAAUGGCCAGGAGGAGGGACAGGUUUCUGACGAAUGUACAACUAUGCAUACUGGAUCUGGAGAAGAAGUACUAGAGAAAGAACAAGGUGUAGUUGUAGGUGUAGGUCAUGUCGUCGAUAUUGCUGAUGAACGUAUGAGAGUAGGUUUCGAGAAAGAAGAGGAAACAGUGUCAAAGUUUCGUCCUUUACUGGUACAACAAGAACAACCAAGGGAGAAGGGUUCUCUACACCUAGUGCAACAACAAGGACAACAACAUCAACAAAGGGAGAACGAGAAGGAGAUCAUGGAUGAUGGUUUUCGUACGAUGAACAUGUUGAAGGCCUCUUCCUCAUAUAUGAUGGUGCCGGAAGGAACCACUUCUGCUACAGCUAAAGCUACAAGUUCUGAUAGAAGAAGCUGCGUCCUCACUACCGAUAAAAAAGGUAGUACUCUUACAACUACUGACAAGUGUACCACUGAAAAAGUAGAGCAAAAAGUAGGUACUCUUAGUCUUGGCUGUAGUAGUACAGCAACGUCUUUGCAGAUGAGAAGUCAGGGAGUUGGUCUUCAGCAGCAUCUUCUUCUAGAUGAGAACUACAUGGCGAAUGGAAGUAAUCUGGGACACCAAGCGCAACCACUUGAAUCUUCAUCUUCAUCUACUUCUUCACAAGCUCAGGUUAACAACCUUCCUCACCCGACAGGGAAAACAGUACUUCCCACCACGAGGACCACUAUAGCUACACCUACGGGGACCACUAUAGCCACACCUACGGGGACCACUAUAGCUACACCUACGGGGACCACAAUAGCCACACCUACGGGGACCACAGUGCCCACAUCUACCUCAUCCCCGUCUACCGCGUUAUCAGAUAAGCAAGCUGCCUCUUGGUCAAUGCUCAGUUCCUUUUUCAUGUCGCGCUUCCAUUGGAAACAACAGGAAGAACAAGUAGGAGGGGCAGGGAGAACUUCUGGAGCAUCUUCAGGGAGAACCCAGCAAAAAGAUGAUGAGCUACCUACUCCAGGAGCCACAGCCACGACACUGAAGAGCCCAGCCUUCCACCAGGAUGUUCGGAGAAUUGACGGUGAUGAAGAUGUCCUCGCUAGUUCUCGGGAGUCAACAAAGGGAGCUGCGUGCUGUGGAGGUAGCUUCGAUAUUUAAGCAGGGGGAGGCUUUUUUAGUGUUGCUGUUUUUCCCUUUUGUUUUAACUCUCCACCUAACGGAGACGCAAGGCAUGAGAACAAACACGGGGCAGGAACAUCAAAGCCCUACCGCUAAGAUAUUGCAAGGGAAUGCAAGAAAGAGAGCAAGGGGAAGGAUACACGAGAUGACAGCGCAGGUGGAGAUCCCAUCAAUUAUGGAACAGUAAUUGCAAGUUUGCUGCUUUUUUUAGAUAUUGAGUUCAGAAUGUGCGAUGAGACUCGCUCAGACUACUAUUUUUAUUUAAUUAUAAUCCAAAUGGCAAAUCUAAGUUCAGGAAUACGUGGUGGAAGAACAAGGCAACACCGAUGCAAGAGCGGCUGGAGGUAGUCAACAAUCCACGCAAGAGCAGGGCGGAGAAGAAAAGGAGCGCUUAUAUUUACGCACCGUUUGUUAUUGUUCUAAAUGAGUCUUAUCAUUUGUUCAACUCACACUGUACAUGGUGAAGCAGUACAGCCACGCACUGCCCUCCAGCUCCACUUCCGUAAAAAACACUAAGUCGAGGUAUUAAGAAAGACUAGAAGUAAGACUCUACUCAAAAACGCCCAUAAUUAUCUCUAGUGACCCUUCUAUCCAACAUGAAAAUAACACUCACCCCUCCUGCCCCCUCUAACCCUCGCCAUGAAAACCUUAACCGUUCCGAUUCCUAGCAUGCUUUGUUUUCAAUGGGAGGAUCGGAGUACCCAGGAACGCAUUGCCGUGGAUCCUCGCACGAAGUGGCCUGUGUGGGCUGUGAACUCGUUCCAUAGGCUCUUUUGGACCGAGACGCUGAGUAAUUUGGUAUGAUGAGGCGGAUGAAGUUGUAGAACUUUACUCAGGCCACCCAUCAUUCUCAGAGUCGAGGAGGUGCUGGCGGAGCUUGCUGCGCAGGAUCCACACCCUAACCGAAUCUAGAAGCUUGAUAGGAGAUCCUACUUUCGUGCUAGACUAAAAGCAAGCAUCUUUGACGAGUAAUUUGAAUCAGCUUGGUGCGAUGAGAUGAAGCGAGUGACUGCUUUAUAUGAUCUAUUCGAAAACUCAAAAUAACCGAGUUACUGACUCCUGAAAUAAGGGAGGUAGCUUAACACGAAGGCUACUCUUCCUUCUCAUCAGUAUCUCGCUUAUUCUGAUCAGUUACUUGCUUAUUUCAGUUUUUCGAAUAGAAAUAACUGUCUCUCUGUCUGUGCAGUAUGUGGCCAAGAGCAGCAGGCCACAUGGAUGGACUUAUAUACGUAUUUAAGUACUCAGAUUAGCAUUGGGCACUCCAGGCCAUCUUAUGUUUUUACAUUUACAUGAACAUAUCAAUCUAGGCACUCUUUCAUUUUUGCUGAUCGAUACGAGUCCCGAACUGCGAGGCCGCGUUCCACGUCUGGUCGAUAUUCGCGCGAGUCGCGGUGGAAAAGUCCACCUACUUUUUGAUUAUGGAGGAGUGAUUUUGUACUAUGGAGGAGAGGAUAGUGUAGUGACUAUGGAGAGGUUACGGUUAGUGUAGUGACUCCUUUAUCGUUGCAAGAUCUGAGCUUCAAGCUGUGGAUGAGGUGAUGUAGUCUCUCUUUAUUUCUGUAGUGCUUCUACGUCGUGGACCUUGAUAGAUAAGAAACACAAAAACCGCUACCAUGAAACUACUUGUGGAAUAUUAUCCUACUAUCAUUUAGCUAACACUUUAUCCUUGAUCUUGAACUGAUAACCCCUAGAGUGGGUACAUUCAUUCAUUCAUACUAAAUCCAAAAGUAACACUUGAUCGUCUAACCUCUGCUUUGCAGUGGCGGUGAGAUCAUCACUAGCAUGAAGCUUCCGAAACUGCCAGAAAAAGACGUAAAAGCUCUUGCGCGAAGCCUGCUCCAGACCUUGCGGGUCAUGCAUGACGAUCUACACCUAAUCCACCGCGACGUAAAACCAGAAAAUCUUGUUUUUCAAGAUAAGGAGAAGAAAUAUGAUAAAGUAUAAUUUCUAUAGUAGAAAUAAGUGCUUAUGGAACGGUCCGAGCGCACAAGGAACGGGCGCACAGGUCGACGAAAAAAAAUUUUUUUUUCGCGUUGUAUAUACUGCUAAUUAGCUAGAGAAAGGAAAGUGGCUAGUUGAAUAUCUAGAAAGGCUGCAAGAGGAGGCGCGGGUGGGGGUCAGGGGUUUCCGUGGCUGCUUUGUGGGCUACUGCAUUGGCAGAAGAUGCACCGCCAAGAACUGUGGCCCACUAGCUUCGAGGCGUGUCAGCCGGGUCCCGCAAGCCCUCAGCUCAGGGCCUGGGCCUCUGCAUGUCUCAGCUGUUUGGGCUAUCUUGGUCGACUAUUCUGGGCAUCUUCCGGUGCUGCCGUUGCCGUCGUCUGGACUACUCCACGCCGCAAAGGUGGGCGAGAAGCCAGCCCAAAGCUGUCGGCCUUGUGCGUCGUUGCUAAAAGGAGCCCAAAGGGAUGAAGCGUCCAAGACCUCUGACACCUAGACCCAUCUGGCUGUGGUCUUGCUAGGUGGUCUUGCUGGAGGGGUCUGCCGCCAUUUUCGCGCGAAAUGUGCACGCGGACCACUGCCCGGAGAAUUGGGGCAAAUUGGUCAGCGUGCACAUUUAGAAAACCACAGGACCCUGACCAAAAUCUGGACAGACCUGACGGCGAAGGGCUUCGGACAAUGUGCACGCGGACCAAUAAGCCUUAUAGUCGGUCGAUUUGGCUUGCGUCUUUCAUGGCCAGGUGGAUGUGGAUGGCCUCGACCGACCUGUCCAGAUCGCUCGGGCCAUUUUUCACCAACCUGAGCAAAGGAGGCCCGGCCAUAGUAUCACGAUGCCAGGCAUUGCCAGACGCUCUGCUCUGGGAUGGCGUCGGAAGUAGAUGUCUUGAAGCCUGGACAUCAGGCCAGCGGGCACCUCAAGUGUUCGGCUAGAGGUCAUGCUGCUGCACCUUUCUCCGAUGCAAAUGCCCACGAAGGGGCCACGGACCUCCUUGACCGCAGCCCGCAUUUCCUCCUGCAACCAAUUAAUUGUCUUAUUUUACCUAGCUAGUGGGAAGUAUCUAGUUCCUUAUAUAAUUUACCAAAAAAAACAAAUUUUUACUGCCAGCCUGUGCAGGCGGAUUUUGUGCGCGCGAACCAUUUCAUAGUGCUCUACUUUGUACAGUUGCUAAGUAGUCCUUAUUUCAACUCUGUCUUUUUGUUUCUUGAUGAUAUCGAUGUGGUUACGGUGGUUAUUUUGGUCUCGGUAGUCGUUUUUGUUCAAAAAGACACACAUUUAGUGUGGAAAGAUGAUUAUUAUGCUUGCAUCAAAGCAACAUUUGAGCAAAAAUAUUUUGUUCUCAUUAAAAAAAUUGAAAUUCUUUUUCUUAGAACAACAACUACACCAUCGAAGGCAGGGCUUCUGAGGUGAAGAAAAGUCGCUUCAAAUUGAACGACGUUCUUCUCAAAAAAUUUAUACGAGGUAAAUUUGAUCGAUUUUGGUCUUACUUGCCCGAAUACGAAGAGAGCGCACGGAAGUGCUGGGACGCCAGACUAUCUUUCCCCUCAACAGCUCUGUUUCUCACCGGAGUUUGUGCACUUGCAAAAAUUGGUUUCAGCGCCAGCGCGACGAUUUCAAGGUAUAAGGUUAGGACAAACUCUUGUUUCGAGUAAACAAUUUUUUCCCAGCAUAUUGCUUCGCUCUAGAGUCGAUCCAGCUCUUGUACAUGUACACAUUCUUCCAUAAAAGUAUGGUUGUAUUUAUGAGCUACGGACAAAAGAAAAGCACGGGCACUAUCAUCACGUAGGGGCAUACAACACAUCCAUGACAUGGCAUCUACCUCCUCCAUCAGGUGACAACAUCGAAGCCUAUGACUCUGAUGAGGAGCCUCCAGGUUACGGGAGCAAAUGUGACCUGUGGGGAGUGGGGAUUGUCCUCUUUCAAUUGUUGGUUAUGAAAAAGUACUUACUGCUUACAUCAAAUAAAAUAACAAUAUUUAUCAAGCAUUAUAGUAUACUCGUACCCUUUGCGAUUGCAGUAGACUCUACCCAUACUAGGAGCCUCAAGUACGAGAACAACCGCUGGGACAUGUCUUGCACUUUGCCUAACGGCAGGAAGACAACGGCAGCGCCAGUUCUAUCAGAGAGAGUCCAUUUCUAACAUCAAAGGGCGUCUCUAUCUGUCAUUUUUCUCAGACAGAGUCAAUCUCUAACAUCCAAGGCCGCGGACCAUUCGAGCGCUUUUUUGGUUACUACCAGUGCCCCUACGAAGAGAAUCUACGAAAGGGUAUGGAGCCUGCGCAUCCGAUAAUUACGGGCUUCCACCAAAUUAGAAUUGCAUUCCGCACCAGACUGGUGGGGAUGGCCUUUUGCCUAGUACUAGAAAAGAAGCCAGGGAGAGGGAGGUUUGUUCUGAUGAGUCUGCGGAGCGACUACUUUUUACGCCUUCCGCAUCGAACCUCUAAGAUAGCGGUACUCACCAACCGCUGUCGACGUCUGUAUCAGUUUUGGUUAGAGCGUGAAAGAAUACGCUUGGAAGAAGUGAGGGCCGAAAUGUUGGACGCUGUUUGUCUCGACGAGAAAGAUGUUGGAGAAGGUGCUGACUUAUGAUGUUCUUGGAUAAAGUAGUAGUUCACACGUUCUUCCAUUUCAUCCGCCCUUUACUGGCACGUAAAAUUCUUACUGGCAGCGGAAGCUUUUUCAAUUGAUGGAGUAGAAAAAGAACACUAUGAUCGACAUCCUGCUCAGGAGAUGGAAAUAAAAGCUAAGUAAUGCAUGAUGAUGAUUAAAGCAGUACUUUUCAUGUGAAGUAGAUGCGGACACUUUCUCGGUUUCCACUGGUGUCGGUCAAUUGCGUCUCUCUUGCGAUGGCGAAGCGCAUGGGGAAGAGGAUGACGAAGGCAAGACGAAGCUCCUGGCGUGUUUGCGAAAAGAAAAGAGAGCGAAGCUUGUAGGGCAAGAAAGAUAAUGCUUGUGCCACACUUUUCACAUGCAUUAAAUACCCUUAGCCGGGUAAACUUUCAUCCACAAAGGGUAUUGAGUAACUCAGCACGACUACAACCACCACUUAAUAUUUUUCUUAUGCAACGAUGUUGAAGCAAGUAAGACUCUAACUCCUACAAAAGCAGCACGGCAACAAGCGAGACGAGACGUGGAGGCUUACGCACAACAAAUUUUUGAUUCCCAACAGAUGGACGACGAGAACAGUAGCGACGAAUCGAGGACAGUAGAAGACUUAGCGAAAUCACAGUCAAAAGAUCCUGCCUCUAGUGCAACAAGUAGCAGUGUUGUUGGAUUUCUUGCGUGUCCUGUUUUUUCCACUGGAUUGCCUCAAGGGAGUGGAGGACAACAAGGACAACAUCCGAGUGGUAGUAUGUCUCAGAAUAAGGUUGAAGACCCUCAUCAACAUGAAGAGCAACGUCACGACAUCAAGAAGCAGCAAAUGAACCCUCCUAGUAGUACUAGCAGUGGUCAAAUAGGGGGUUUUUUUCGUGCCGGUUGGGGGAGCGGGGAAAUGGAGGAGGAACCAAAAAGAGGAGCUCCGAAAAAACGUGGUAACGAAUUGAAAAUGUUAUGCACCUGAACUUUCAAGAUCCGUUCAUAUUAAGUGGCAGGUGUAAAACUCAAGAUAAGCGAGCUACUGACUGAAAUAAGAGAGUCUACCUCCUAGAGGCAUAUCUCUCCUCUUGAGUUUCGCCUCACCAGCAUUGCCAUUCUAGGAUUGCUCUUCCCCAUGAUGCAUUUUUCUGAAUUCUACUACGUUAUGUAUUUAAGUUCUAAGACCAGGCAAAAUCCGGGAAAAAGAACAAGGGAACUCUGCGAAAUCGAUGCCGAAAGCGAGAGGGGUCCUCUUGUCCCAAGAACUGACGACCCAGAAAACCAUGUGCUGCGCGAUGGAGCAUUUUUAUGAACAAUCUAUUUGUGGAAAGAGAAUAAGUAAGAGGAUGUGAUAGAAGAACGAUCAUGAGUAUCGGUGAGAUAUGUUUUGGGCUGGUGAGAUAAUCAAGAUAUUUCUUCUUUUUUCUGUUGAGUUGUAGGUGUAGACUUCUUGCAUGCAUUCUAUGGCUAUGCGCAGUUGGCUUAGUGGUUUAGGCGUUGGCCUGUUCACUUAUCACCCUGUUCUUUCUGUUUCAAAGCCUCUUUAUUCGUUGAUGUCGAAGGAAUCUUCUCGGUCGAUUCUGUGAAAAAAUAAUCGCUUUGAUAUCGAAGCCAUGAAGCCAAUUACCGCGUCCUCAUCUUGAUGAAGUUCACAUAUUUAAUAUUACCAAAUGCAAUAUAAAAGGAGGGCUGAAAACAAGAACAUCAACCAGCUUGAUCCGAUCAUUAUUAGCAAAAAAUACUUGAGAAUAAGGGGGCACUACUCCAGCAGCACUGCAAUUACUUAGUUGUGUCUCCUUACCCACCUCCCCUUCCUCUAAGAAGCCCUUUGUGGCGGCAAACGCUUACCGGGACCGUAUCAACGGGCGUCGGCCGCAGCACAGGAUUUUUUGGAAUCUUUGCUUGCGCCGAGGGAGAAAGAUCGACCGACUGCUGCAGAGGCCUUGCAACAUCCGUGGUUGCAAGGGGGAGGCUUCUAGGACGAGGAAAUUGGCCUUAGAACGAUUCAUUUGUAGGAAUACUAGAGGUUAUGAAGUCUAGAGAAUCAUCGUUAUUCACAUAAUUCUGUAGUAUCUUGCUCUUGUUUAUGUUUUCCUCGUCGUUGUAUUUGAUACUAUCUUGUCCGUUGUUGAGAAUGAAUAUGUUUAUGUAACUGUAUGCAUCUUGUUAUUUGUGUAUUGUUCAUGUUUUGGCAUUGCUCCAACUACUAGUACUAUUCUAAAAACUUAAACUUCAGCAUCUUUUUGAAUUUUGAUGUUGUUUUUUCUGAAAAAAUCAAAAGAGUAGUUGAAUAGAGUUUUUUUUGACAGUAUAUAUAAGAUCGAUCAUCCCUUAUUUGACCAUGGUCAUAUGGAUAUGAUCAUCAACAAGAUUAAUCUUCCUAACAGUUUUGACUUUCAAAAUUUAGAACAUAGACUACUUGGCUCCUUUUUUUACAUGAACAUAUUGAUCAGUAUCUUCCGUCCGAUUAACUAGUACCGUUCCAAUACAGGCAGUUCUCUUGGAAGUUGGUCCUUUUUUUUGUAUCUCUGAAAAAUGCAAAGAACUUGAUGUUGCUCCUCAGUGUUGUUUCAAUGUGUGAACCAAUAAAGGCUAUGGUCCAUGGAUUGUUGUGUUAUCGUUUGUACAAGUAGCUUGAACUUGACAAGCGUUUCUUGGAUAAUGGGUGGUGGGCGAAGCCAGCGUUGCUUCGAUUGCAACCACCUAAUUGGUGGUCCUCUUUUCGAUUUGAUUGUGAAUUCCGUCCGCGAAAUGUAUGCUUUCUCUGCGCCCACCCGAGCUGGUGCGUCGAACCUUC